UUGUCGCUUAUUUGUUCUUCAAUUACCUAGAGAUCAAACUCAGAACAAGUUGCGGGGAUAGCUCAGUUGGGAGAGCGUCAGACUGAAGUAAUUCCUCAGAAAUCUGAAGGUCACGUGUUCGAUCCACGUUCACCGCAUUAAUCUUGUUUUUUUUUUUUUUUUUUCUUUAUUUUUGGGUCCUUAAUCCAUUUUAGAGCCCAAUCCCAAACAAAUAAGCGACAAAAUCAUGAAUUGAAGACCAUCUCUCCGGGCUGCCGACCACCUCCGGCGACUAAACAGGCUUACGGCGAGCUACUUUAGGGGAGCAUGCUAGAUGGAGUGGCUUGUGGUCAUUGUUUCAAUGAUUGUACUAUGGGUUGCUUCUCUAUGCAAAAUUCUCCAUGCAUGCUCACCGUCCAAGGCUAUAUUCCUAAAUGAUGGUGAUUCUCUUUAUAAGAAAAAUGUCUUGCUGGUUGUUUCCCAUCCCGAUGAUGAGUCCAGGUUCUUUACUCCAACAAUUAAUUAUCUGAUUUCAAGGGGGCAUAAUCUUCACAUAUUGUGCAUGUCAACUGGUAAUGCAGAUGGCAUGGGAAUUAUUAGGAAAGAAGAGCUCUAUCAGGCUUCUGCAAUUCUCAAGGUUCCACUCCAACAAGUGAGGAUCCUGGACCAUCCAGAUUUGCAGGAUGGUUUUGGCAGAGUGUGGGAUUGUAAUUUUCUUGCAAAGAUUAUUGAGAAGGAAACUUUCACUCAUGUCAUUGAUGUGAUAAUCACUUUUGAUAACUAUGGUGUCUCGGGUCAUUGUAAUCACCAGGAUGUCAAUCGUGGAGUAAGCAAGCUAUUACAUGAUACACCGCAAAGAAAUAUUGAAGCCUGGGAACUUGUCAGCACUAACAUAUUACGGAAGUAUACUGGACCUGUUGACAUCUGGUUUUCCUUCGUGUAUGCCACCACGUAUUAUCCAAGUGGGCAGAUGCGUUGUUUGGUAAACGAACAUCCCCAAAAAAGCUAUGCUGCAAUGGCACAACACACGAGCCAAUGGGUUUGGUUUCGUAAGUUUUUUGUAUCGUUUUCCAGUUAUACUUAUGUCAACACACUGAGGAAGAUAAACUAGUAGGCGUAUGUCUGAUUUUUGGACAAAGCUGAAGCAAUUGCAACUUUAUGCAGCAUGUCCUGGCCAAUAUUUCUGGUUAGAAUUUGUUAUCUUCUCCAUGGAUACCACCGUAGCAGUUCAAUUUACUUGAUCUACUUGCAUAUAUUUGAUAAUUUUUUUGACUGAGGAGAACUGACACCGGAAUUGAUCAGCUUAUCGGUAAGGUCCUGAUAAACUUGCAAGCACCACCAGCCCUUGGCUCCUCAGGUGUUAUCACACUCACCUCCAGUAGCUUUCGCAGAAGUUGUAAUGUAGUCCCCUGUGCCACAGAUGAAUGAUAUAUGUUGCUAGUAGAAAUAUUGAAUAAAAAAGAAAGAAAAAAGAUCAGAUAAACUAGCAAGUUAAUAAUUUACAUUGAAGUUGAAGUUGUGAUGUAAACAGUUUCAAACAUUAGAUUGUUGUUUCCUUGACCUUUUUUAAAAGGAUCAAAGCAUUAAAGAUUUAAGUUGAAGUUGAAGUUGUGAUGUAAACAGUUUCAAACAUUAGUAUUAAAUAAUUAAUGCUGGUUUUUAUUUAUUUCUUUAUU